AUGUGCCAAGAGUUCCUGAAGUUCAACCUGCAACUAAAAUUGAAAGAACGCGAGAGGAAGACUGUUCGUUUAGGACAGGAGGUUAAGAGGUUUAAGUUUGCUGUUCUCAUGUAUUCUCUCAAGACGCAGUAUGACAUAAAGUUCUAUAAUUCCUCAGCUAAUAGGCUUGGAGUUUGGUCUGGUUAUACGAAGCUGCUUAAGUGUGGAACAAUAGCACAAUUAUUUGAGGAGAGACUUCAAAUCAAUCCUAAAAUCAGAUCGAAGGAGAUGGUUGAUGAGAUAAAGAGAGAGUAUAAUAUGAUUGUGACCGAAGAACAAUGCAGAAGAGCAAAGGCAACACUUGCUGCUAGAAGAAAGGCGGGUCAUGAAAUUUACUUUGCAAGACUUUGGGAUUACCAGGAAGAGGUACGUAAAUCUAAUGUAGGAGCAACAAUGGAAGUUGAGACAAUUCCUGGUCCGGUUCCUGGAAGCAAUCAAAGAUUUCACCGCUUGUAUAUGUGUUUUGAAGCCUUGAAAACGUCAUGGAAAGGCUCAUGUAGACCCAUUAUAGGAUUGGAUGCUGCAUUUAUGAAAUGGGACAUUAAAGGUCCAAUGCUAACUGCUGUUGGUAGGGAUGGGGAUAAUAGAAUUUUUCCAAUAGCUUGGGAUGUGGUAGAAGUUGAGGAUAAUCCAAAUUGGUUAUGGUUUGUGCAACUACUGAAAAAAGACAUGGGUCUUGAAGAUGGCGACGCUAUAACAAUAAUCUCAAACAAGCAUCAGAAGACAAAUAAAGACAUUGUCCUUGAGCGUCUAUUCUGGAAAAUAGCACGAAUCUACACACCAGCAAUGUUUACGACCAACUUAGAGGCUCUUAAGACCUACAAUGAAGGAGCUUAUCCCUCUCUGCAGUCUACUGGACCGAUGACAUGGUCUCGUGCAUUCUUCAAGCUUGGAUCAUGCUGCAAUGACAACCUAAACAACCUGUCAAAAUCAUUCAAUAGAAGUGUUAGGGAGUCUAGAAGGAAACCUCCUCUUGAUAUGCUGACAGAGGUUAGGAGAAAGACCAUGGUGAGAAACGCAAAGAGAACCAUUUUGACCAACAUGUGGAAUAAACGGUUUACGCCAAGAGCAGAAAAGGAGAUUGAGCUUAACCGGCAAAGCGCUAAGGAUUGCAUUAGAUAUAUGACCACUAGACAGGUGCAUGAGAUUGAGUAUCACAAUGAUGCAUACACCGUCAACAUGGCUGAGAAAACAUGCGAUUGUGGCUACUGGCAGUUGAAUGGUUUGCCUUGUAUGCAUGCUAUGUGUGUCAUCACGAACACAAGAUUAGAUCUUAAUGAUUAUGUCUCUGAUUUCUACUUGACUUCAAAAUGGCGCCAGCUAUAUGCAGAAGGUAUGAAGCCAGUUCAAGGGAUGCAAUCAUGGCCAAGAUUAGGUCGGCUCCCUAUUCUUCCACCACCCCCGCGCUUCAACCGUGGGAGACCUAACGAUCAUUCUAGAAAGAAAGCUCCUCAUGAGUCUUCUUCUAAUCCACACAAGCUUACCCGCCAUGGCCGAGUUCCUACUUGCUCAAACUGUAGGAAGGAAGGCCAUAACAAGACUAGGUGUCCUAAUCCAGCCGCAGCUCCUCCACCAAAACGUCCUAGAGGUCGCCCACGGAAAGAACAUGGAGGGUCUUCAAACUUGCAGCCAGGAGCUACUCAAGGAUCAUCACAAAUUCCACCUUCUAAAUCAUCACAAGGAGGAACACAAGAAGGGUUUGGAUUCUCUACAUAA